AAUUAUGUACCCAAAAUAUAUGUCUUGUUUUCUUUUUCAGCGCAAAUUGAAGUGAUACCAUGCAAAAUUUGUGGUGAUAAGUCCUCUGGAAUACACUAUGGAGUCAUCACAUGUGAAGGCUGCAAGGGAUUCUUUCGGAGGAGUCAGCAGAACAAUGCCUCCUACUCCUGCCCAAGGCAGAGAAACUGUUUAAUUGACAGAACCAACAGAAAUCGUUGCCAACACUGCCGACUGCAGAAAUGUCUUGCCCUGGGAAUGUCUCGAGAUGCUGUGAAGUUUGGAAGAAUGUCCAAAAAGCAGAGGGACAGCUUGUAUGCUGAGGUGCAGAAGCACCAGCAGCGGCUGCAGGAACAACGGCAACAGCAGACCGGUGAGGCAGAAGCCCUCGCCAGGGUCUACAGCAACAGUAUCAGCAAUGGCUUGAGCAACCUGAAUAAUGAAACUGGCAGCACCUACUCAAAUGGGCACGUCAUCGACUUGCCGAAGUCUGAGGGUUAUUAUAACGUGGAUUCUGCCCAGCCUUCCCCAGACCAGUCUGGGUUAGACAUGACUGGAAUCAAACAGAUAAAGCAGGAACCUAUCUAUGACCUCACCUCUGUACCAAACUUGUUUACCUAUAGCUCUUUCAACAAUGGGCAAUUAGCUCCGGGGAUAUCCAUGACUGAAAUAGAUCGAAUUGCACAGAAUAUCAUUAAAUCUCAUUUAGAGACCUGUCAAUAUACGAUGGAGGAACUACACCAGCUAGCGUGGCAGACUCACACAUAUGAAGAAAUUAAGGUUUACCAGAGCAAGACCAGAGAAGCUCUGUGGCAACAGUGUGCCAUUCAGAUCACCCACGCUAUCCAGUACGUGGUGGAGUUUGCGAAGCGCAUAACAGGCUUCAUGGAACUCUGCCAGAAUGACCAAAUUCUCCUCCUUAAGUCAGGCUGCUUGGAAGUGGUUUUGGUGAGAAUGUGCCGUGCCUUCAACCCACUCAACAAUACUGUUCUGUUUGAAGGAAAGUAUGGAGGGAUGCAAAUGUUUAAAGCCUUGGGUUCUGAUGAUCUGGUGAAUGAAGCGUUUGACUUUGCAAAGAAUUUAUGUUCCUUACAGCUGACUGAGGAGGAGAUUGCCUUGUUUUCAUCUGCUGUUCUGAUAUCACCUGAUCGAGCCUGGUUAAUAGAGCCAAGGAAGGUCCAGAAGCUUCAGGAAAAGAUUUACUUUGCACUUCAACAUGUGAUCCAGAAGAACCACCUCGAUGAUGAGACUUUGACAAAGUUAAUAGCCAAGAUACCAACCAUUACUGCACUUUGCAACUUGCACGGAGAGAAACUACAGGUAUUUAAGCAAUCUCAUCCAGAUAUAGUGAACACACUGUUUCCUCCAUUAUACAAGGAGCUUUUCAAUCCAGACUCAACCACUGGCUGCAAGUGAAGGGGAUAAUAGAAUUUUCACGUAGUCAUGGAAUGCAUCACUAUUAAGACAAAAAGAAAUGUUUUCAUGAAGAACUUAUUAAAAAUGUCACUACUGCAACACUAGGAAUGUCCUGCACUUAAUAGAAUUAUUUUUCACCGCUACAGUUUGAAGAAUGUAAAUAUGCAACUCUGAGUGGGGAUGUCUUUUUUCUCUUUUCUUUGUUUACUUUUUUUAUUUUUGAACUGACAAUGAAUAUACAAACAUAGGACACCGGGGUUUACCUUUUUUUUUUUUUUAAUUUUAUUGGGGGAUGUUUUGGGAGACAGCUGUU